AUGGAUCAGAAAUUGAGGGAUGCUGCCGAGCAAGGAGACAUUGACGCCUUGUACUCGUUGAUUGAAAUCGACACAGAAGUUUUGAACAAGAUCGAUGAGAUUUCAUUUGUUCAGACGCCUUUACACGUAGCUGCAGAUGCAGGACAGACCGAGUUUGCCAUGGAGAUGAUGAUGUUAAAGCCAUCAUUUGCUAAGAAGCUUAACCCAAAUGGCUUCACCCCCUUACUCCUUGCUAUGCAUAAUAACCAAGACCAAUUGGUGCGCGAGCUACUUACAACUCAUAAGGACCUUGUUUGUGCACAAGGAAAGGGUGGUAUGAAUCCUUUACAUUAUGCAGCUCAAACAGGCCACCUCCGUCUCUUGGCUAAUUUUCUAAAAUUCUACCCCAAAUGUAUUAGAGAUGUGACAAGUCGAAAGGAGACUGCCCUGCAUGUUGCACUGAAAAAUGACAAGUUAGAUGCCUUUCAGGUCCUUGUUGGAUGGCUUCGGCGUGCCUGGUUUGAAGAAGCGAAAUCAUGGGGGAGGAGGUUACUGAAUGUUCAAGAUUUGAAUGGUAACACUGUGUUGCACAUUGCAGCAUCCAAAAAUCAACCUCAGGUCGUGAGGUGGAUAUUAGAUUUGGGAGCCCGUGUAAACUUUGAAAUUUUUGAGGGUUUUACUGCUCUGGACAUCGCGGUGGAUAUGCAAACACAAGUGGACAACCAAGAGAUGAGGAAUAUGCUAUGCCGUGCUGGAGCAAAAAGUGCUUCAUCUCGUUCUACGGGUCCUUUUGCAGAUUAUUUAAGAUCUCCUAUCCCAAUUAAUGAGAAGUUAUUCACAUGGUUCUUUCGUCAGAGAACGCUAAUGUCAAACGACAUGCGCAAUAUGCUGCUGGUGGUUGCUGUACUGCUUGUAACAAUCGCCUACCAAUCAGCACUCAGUCCUCCGGGAGGAUUUUGGCAAGAUAAUCAGUUCAAUACCAUUACCAAUGCAAGUAGUGAAGUCAGUCAACCCCCACACCGCGCAGGGACACUCGUUUUGUUUUCUGUUGCUUGUGUUUUUUGGUGGGUUGCUGUCUCCUAG